AUGGCAUUGUAUCCUAACUGCUCUCCUCGAGAUUAUUUCCUCAAUAUAUCUUUCUAUCGCGCAGAAGAAUCGCCAGUAAUCAAAACUAUUCUUUUAAGUAUACUAUCUACACUAGCCGUCUUAGCGAUAGGCGGCAAUUCGCUAGCAAUUUUUGUUGUCUAUCGUACUCGAUCAUUACACAAUCCAUCGGGUAUUCUUCUUGCUGGAUUAGCAUCGAUAGAUUUAGCUGUGGGAAUAGUUGGUAUUUUAACUUCUGUGAUGUAUCACUGGUUGGAUGGAUAUAUCAUUUCUGAAACUACUUGUAUAAUCCGUGGAUAUCUUAUCACAACUCUUAUUGGCUUAUCUUAUAUCACGGUUGCUGUUAUUGCUCUUGAUCGAUGUUUUGCUAUUCGUAGACCAUUGCAUUAUCAAGUUUAUGUCACUAAUAGACGAGUUUUUCAAGCUUUUAUCGUGACUACGAUAAUGGCAUCAUCAUCUGCGGCAUUGCCUCUAACGGGAUUACAAGAUCAAGGUUUAGGCCAAUUUGAAUACGUCCAUUAUAUAUCUAGUUGUUGGUUAGAUAUUACUAACCAUCCUAAAAAUAUUGUUAUGUCCAUCUUUAUUUCAAUUAUGGUCAUCGCUAUAUUAAUGGUAGUUAUUAUAGUAUAUAUCGUGAUAUUAGUUGAAGCUCAACAUAUAGAUCGAAAGUUUGUUCUCUUAAAAUCGUCAUUAAAUGAAAGGAGGCAAUGGUUAAGAAAAUCGACACGAACAACUUUACUGUUAAUCGGAGCGUUUUUAAUUUGCACGAUUCCGUCCUCAGCUUUUACAUUAUUAGCUAUUAUCCAUUGUAAACCUAUUGCGUCUCCAUUAACGUAUAAAAUUUUAAUUCACUGGGGAAUUUAUUUCAACACAACAAUCAAUCCAUUUCUAUUUGGAUUCACUCAUAAAGAUUUUCGGCAAGGUUACCGCCAUGUAUUUUCACGAUUUUCAUUAUUGGGAACAAGAGUCUCUCAUGUUCAUUUCAACCAGUAA